GUUUCAGUCUGAAGUCAACAUCUGGAUAUCCUGAGAUGACCAGCUGGUUCUAAAUGAGCCAAUCAGCCUCUGAAAAGAGGCCAAGAGUUGAUGAUGGCGUCACAAUGAAGACUUAACGAUAAGAAAAAAACUUGCUCUGGCUUUAAAUACCACUCUAUGGGUAAGCACUUGUCUGAUUGAAUGAUCAUUUCACUGCAAGGAGUUUGAAUAUCUGGACUAUUUUUUAAACUGACUGGAAAGCGAUGCAGCUGGCUCCUGAUUGGUGGGUCCUGCAGGCAGAGGCCAAUGACUGACAGAAGAUGUCCAUGAGCGUAAAGAAGAAGAAGUCACCCUCUGUGCUCUCUGACGCUGCCUCUCAUAAUCAUUCUCAGCGCUAUCCUUCUUCGACCCCUCCACUACCUCUGAGGUCUCUGCAACUUGUUGCUAGGCAACCACAGGCACCUGUUGUGCUGCGGGAGCGUAAGAAGGCGUCGGCGGUCAGGGAGUCCUGGCCGCGCGCCUCAGCAGCAGCCCACCACAGAUCUCUGACUCCACCCUCCAGGGCGCAUUCAGUUGCAGAAACUCGGCAAAGGCCCUCCAGUGCACCAAGAUCAGACAUCGUCUCAAUAGCUCCGACUGCCUCAGUGUCCCAGAAUCCUCUGCUUCCAGCAGCCUGUCCUCAUCGGUCAGUUCCUGCUAGAGCUACGCCCAAUGGGCGAGGUUCCGAUUUAACCAUGAUGUCACUACUGCUGUUUUACCACAGCUCUUCCAGUCUUUUGGGCAUUGAUGGUAAAAUUGAGCAGGCAAUGGAUCUGGUGAAGAGUCAUCUGAUGCUGGUGGUGCGUGAGGAGGUGGAGCUUUUACGAGAACAACUGAAAGACCUGCAGGAGAGGAACCUGCAGCUUGAGAGAGAAAACCACAUCCUGAGAACGCUGACCCACAACAUCUACUCGCCAACGGGACACAGAAUAUCUCAGUGAUAUACUGUGGACAGUCACAGUGUUCUCCUCUUGGACACAUGCAGUCUGAAAUGAAUUGGGCUGGAAAAGUUUCCUUAUCCGAAGUAGAAAAUGUCAUGCAGUAAAAAAAAAAACUGAAAAAGUAUUCAGGUGAUGGAAGGCUAGUCAGCUACGAGGCUAGUCCACUUUUCAUUUGAUAAUAAGCUGGCAUGCUAGUGCGAUACAAUGCUGCAAUAACAAAUUUUUAACUUUUUCCACUUUGACACAGUCAUUGCUUAACGUGAAGAUCAGCUGCAAUUUGUAAGUCAGGAAAUAACAGUAAUCUCUAAAGGGUCUGGAAAAGCACUGGGACAUGCAAUGUCUUAUGUCAUUGUGCAGCUUGUCCUCACAUCUAAAUCCAAAAGUCCACUCUACUUUUGUCAGAAUUAGAUUAACAGAAUGUGUUUACACUUCACGGCACACAUACUUUUUUGUGUGUUGAGCUCAAUGCAGCUCAAAACAGCAACAAACUUUACAACAGGGUAGUGCAAAAGUCUAAAGGGUUAAUAAUCACUAAUAUUAUGCUUCUUCCUACAUUUUCAACCAUUUUAAUCUUCAGCAUGAUCGUUAUAACUGGCUCACAUUGAUAUGACUUCCUCUAAUCUGACAUUCUCAUGUAACAAACUUUUUCCUAGAUUUGCUUUCCAGUCAACAUGUUUAUGAAAUUCUCAUGACUCGCUGAACUCAAACAAACCUAAAAAUGACAGAGAAACCAGAAACUUUGAAACUUAAUAUACUGUUUUUAAUAAUCGCAUGUCAAUUGUUUCGCUUACAAUGCCCGUGUCGUAACACCGGGAAAAGUUCACACACCUGAGUGAGUGCUAGCUGCUAAACCAACUCUGUUGUCAUGUUAACAUGUUUGACACGUUUUGACAACAGGACUUGUUGCUGCUGCUAGAAUGACAAUGAUUAUGAUGAACUAUAAUAUAUAAAUAAACUAAUGAGGUAUAAUUAUC